AACACCCAACCACAAACAACUCAAUCAUGUCUGCCCCUCAGCAAGGAAACCCCGCCGCCGGCAAGGAGGACUACCUCGACAAGGUAAGCUCCAGCUCUCUUCUCUUCCGUCCAUCGCGUGGAGCAACUGUUUUGAAGUACAUCGUCGCUGACACACGUCAUAACAGGGCAUGGACGCUCUCGAGAAGAAGCAAGGUCAAGACCCCAACAAGCUCCGCUCCGUCAACGAGAAGGUCAGCGAUACCGCUCGUGGCAUGUUCGAGAAGGCUACUGGUAUGCUACUACACCUCCAUCUCACCUUUGACAGGAAAGAAAGAAAAAAGGAUACUAAUACAACAAACACAGGCAAGAAGGUUCCCGACAAGGUCUCGAACUAAACGUUUCCCCCGUCACCACUACCUAUAAUGGAGGCAGGCGUAGCUUUGACA